GUCCUUGGAGGGGAUUGAGUGAGGUGAUGGGGUGUGUCUGAAGCUGUAGUGAUGUAGUCUCUCCGACUACAAGUAACCACUCCUCUGCCUCAUUCUGACAGCAGGAGAGCCUGGUAGAAGCUGACUUUUUCCUCUUCCUCCCCAGCCUUAAGUCACUAACCAUGGCAACCAUAAGUGAGAAACUGUUCACCAGCACCACCAAGGAGAAGACUGCUGUUCCGAAGAACAAGAUAACAGUCGUAGGUGUCGGGCAAGUCGGCAUGGCAUGCGCCAUCAGCAUCCUCCAGAAGGAUCUUGCUGACGAGCUGGCCUUGGUUGAUAUCUUGGAAGACAAACUGAAGGGCGAAAUGAUGGAUCUGCAACAUGCAAGCCUGUUCCUUAAAACGCCAACAAUUGUUGCAGACAAAGACUAUUCUGUAACAAAAAAUUCUAGGAUCGUCGUGAUCACAGGUGGCGUCCGACAGCAGGAAGGGGAGAGCCGUCUCAACUUAGUCCAGAGAAACGUCAAUGUCUUCAAGUUCAUCGUUCCACAGGUUGUGAAAUACAGUCCUGAUGCCACACUCAUCGUAGUCUCCAAUCCAGUUGACAUCAUGACCUAUGUCACAUGGAAGCUGAGUGGUCUGCCGCAGAACCGUAUCGUCGGCAGUGGAACCAACCUAGACUCUGCAAGAUUCCGCUAUCUGAUUUCUCAGAAGCUUGGCAUCAGUACCAGCAGCUGCCAUGGUUAUGUCCUGGGAGAACAUGGGGACUCCAGUGUUCCUGUCUGGAGUGGGGUUCAAGUGGGCGGUGUCUCCCUUCAGUCCCUUAACCCGAACAUUGGAACUGAUCAGGACAAAGAGGACUGGAAGGAUGUUCACAAGCAGGUGGUUGACAGUGCCUAUGAAGUGAUCAAGCUGAAGGGAUACACCAACUGGGCCAUUGGCUUGAGCGUGGCUGACCUGUCAGAAUCCAUAACAAAGAACCUGUCCAGAAUACAUCCUGUCUCCACUAUGGUUAAGAACUUCUAUGGUAUCACCGAUGAAGUCUUCCUCAGUCUCCCCUGUGUCCUGAAUGGCCAAGGGGUGGCCCAGGUGGUGAAUCAGAAGCUAACAGAUGAGGAAGUUGCCAAGUUGAAGAAGAGCGCAGACACCCUGUUGGCCAUCCAGAAAGACCUCAAAGACCUGUAAAUCUCCUGGAAUGACCUCAUUGGCCUUCACAAUAUGCCUUGAUCACUAAUGGAUUUGUUGUAUACUGGUUUCUAGAGUAACAAUAGUUGUUUGAAUAAAAUCAGCUACUAAACUGA